GCUGAGUAUUGGACGCAUCCUCACAACAACACCACUGUGAGAGGCAACAACAUUCUCUCUCUCCCACACACACAUGUUCUCAACACCUGCAUGACGCCACCACCAACACCUGCCUGCUACGGAAUAUGGAACCAGCUGCCCAGAAACUAGAGGUCCUUUUUGGCAAGGCAGAAAGUGAAUUGGCGACUCUGUCGUGCAUGAUUAACAAAGAGUUCUCGGUUUUGGCUGCGUCACAAGGCGUUGACUCUCAGGUUUUUACAGAACUCAUAAAUAAUGUGAAGAAUCUCAGAGGCCAGCUUAAUCAAAUAUUGAGUGAAGUAUUGGAGUUUCAGCAGCAGCAACAGUUGGUAAUGUCAUCCAUGCAAGUUCAACUCGGCACACUUUGUAACAAGUUCAAUGACCUCAGUAUGAUUACUGGUUCUGCUGUUCUUGAGGCAAGUGGUAGUGACAACGAAUGCACGCCAGAGUGAUUUUUUGUCGUAAAUGUGGCAGUUUUCCAGUACAUUGUGUACACUUAACAGCUGAACGUGAACAAUUCUUUGAUUUCCAAUUUUAGGAAAGAAAUAUUUUCACUUGUAUUUAUUUUUUGAUUUUUACAAUAAUCUUGUAAAUUUUCUGGAGAGUAGCUACUGUGUCAGAAUGGGUGACGAAAGAAAUUUCCGUAGUCAGUUUUAUGGCAAAGUUGGACUACGUGAAGUAGAAGAUAAAAGAGCUGUGGAAGCAUUGUUUAAGGAGCAGCCAUUGGACGAGAGGAAAUUUUCAAAUUUUUGUCAACGUUCUGUCGUCCCAGGCGCAUAUAGAUUCCUAGUUUGGAAGUUGUUGUUGCAUGUAACUCCACGGUACGCAGAGUCGCAAGAUUAUGUGAGGCAGCAACAAACUCUGAUGUUUGAAGAAUUGUGGCGUACUCUUAAAAGUAUGGGUCUCCAAAAUAUUGUGGUCUUGGGAAAUGAUAGUUCAAGUGAUCUAACUCUUCCAGUUAUUGAUGAAGUAAAUACAAAGCAUAAAAAUAAAGAUGGGUAUGACAUACCAAUUCCUGAGAAUUAUUUGCUUAUGUGGUUAAUAAGUGAAGCGAAGCUUCUCUAUAGCCCAAAAGAUCAAUUGAAGUAUAAAGCAUACCAGCAUUUCCUCAAAAUUGUUAUAAAAAUUCAAAAUUUGUUUGACAAUCCAGUAGAUGUUUUUCAUGUGAGCUCGGCACUCUACUCAUUGCUUCGGAAAAACGAGACCGCCAUAUCGAAUGCCGUUAUGGAGGCAAUUGGGAUGCUGCGCAAGGAAAAUGACUCUCUUCAUCGUCACUUGAUGAAAGUAGGGCUUUUCAGCAGCACUUUGUUGGUGGACUUGUGCCUCAGCCUUUUCUGCGACAUAUUUCCCGAGACGGCUGUAGAGAAAAUACUAGACAAGGUGAUUGCUGGUGCAUUUAGGGUGUUUGCUUUUGUUAUAUUUUCCUUACUUGUGCACCUUAAGCAGCCUCUAAUGUCAGUGUCAUCUGUAGAAAAUGCAAGAAGCAUCAUAAAUAUGAUACGAAAGGAUGAGGCAGAAAUACUCGUAACUUCAGCUUUAGAUCAGUGGCUUAAAUUUGGUAUUGUUAAAAGAUCACAACAAUGAAAUGCAAAAUGCACAUUAUUAUACAGUUCAUUAUAUGUAUAAAAUUGUUUGGGUAUAGUAAAGCGGCUCUUAGUCAAAGUAAGCGAAGCAUGUGCAGGGAAUGUGUAUAUAUUGUUUUGAUACUUUAUUGCUUUAAAUUCUGUAAACCAUGAAUAAAAGAUGUUAAUGUAUGUUGAUAUUCAUGGUAAUACACCAAUGUAUAGCUUUGUCUAUUUGGUAAGUGUGCUUUCAGAGGGUUUUGAAUUUUCCCUUGUCCCUGUUACGUAGCAAGAAUAUAAUGUAUAGACCUAUGGAAACUGCAUUUUGUUUGUGUAUUUUUACAGUUGUAUUUUCUCAGCAAAUGGACAUUUCCAAAA